AUGGAUUUGAAGAGAAGUAGUUUAUUUCUGUUUGGGUUUGUUGUUUUAUUUGUUACUAUUGAGGCAAAUAUUGCCGAUUUUGAUGAGUAUUGGCUGAAGCGCUCUGAAGAAGCAAAGCAGGCAGCCAAUCAAAGUUACCAAACUGAUACUUCCAAUGUCAUUUCUCAUUUUAAUGAAAAUGUCCACAGUGCCAUGGAUGGUAACAAUAGCACAAGAAGGGCUUUAGGCAAAUACACUGGCCCAUGCCUGGCCACCAACCCAAUUGACCAAUGCUGGAGAUGCCAAAGAAACUGGGCCAGAAACCGCAAGAGGCUUGCCGAUUGUGGUCUGGGCUUCGGUCGCCAUGCAACCGGCGGUAAAGCUGGCCGUAUCUACAAAGUUACUGACUCAUCCGACAACGACUUGGUGAACCCAAAGCCCGGAACAUUGAGGCACGCCGUGAUCCAGCCGGAGCCCCUCUGGAUCAUCUUCACCAAGAGCAUGUUCAUCAGGCUCAGUGAAGAGCUAAUGAUCACCAGUAACAAGACAAUCGACGGGCGUGGAGUCCAAGUCCAUAUUGCUUAUGGAGCGGGCCUAACUAUGCAGUUUGUGAAUAAUGUUAUUAUCCACAACGUUCGCAUUCAUGACAUUAAGGCCGGAAGUGGUGGGCUGAUUAGAGAUUCUGUGAACCAUUUUGGAUAUAGAUCCAAAAGCGAUGGUGAUGGGAUCUCAAUCUUUGGAUCUACAAAUAUCUGGAUUGAUCAUGUGUCUAUGUCCAAUUGCCAAGAUGGGCUUAUUGAUGCUGUUCAGGCUUCCACAGCAAUUACCAUCUCCAAUUGCCAUUUCACUCAUCACAAUGAGGCAAUGCUGUUUGGUGCAAGUGACAGCAGCUCGGAGGAUGCCAUAAUGCAAAUCACGGUAGCCUUCAAUCAUUUUGGUCAAGGAAUUAUACAGAGAUUGCCAAGAGUUAGGUGGGGAUUUGUCCACAUUGUCAACAAUGACUAUACACAUUGGCUCAUGUAUGCCAUUGGAGGAAGCCAACAUCCUACCAUCCUCAGCCAGGGCAAUCGCUUUAUUGCUCCUCCAAAUGCAUUCGCCAAAGAGAUUACCAAGAGGGACUAUGCACCAGAGAGUACCUGGAAGAACUGGGUAUGGAAAUCACAGGGAGAUCUUAUGAUGAACGGAGCCUUCUUCGUGCAGUCUGGAGAUCCCAACCACAAAUUCGUGUCUGGCGCGGAUAUGAUCAGCCCGAAGCCAGGGGAGUUCGCGAACAAACUCACUCGUUUUGCUGGUGCCUUGAAUUGCAUCCUUCGCAAGCCAUGCUAA